CUAAGGCAGACAUUACAUACUUCCUUCUAGCCAUACCAAUUCAUACCACUGUGAUAGGCUUAACGCAGUCAGCUGACACUCUCAGCCAAUCACAGCUGCCCCAUGCCCAAGGCUAACAAUUCCUCAUUAGCCCAACAGCACAGAGGGGAUAGGCUGCAGGGGACUUUAGUUUAGCAUUAAAUUAUUAAAAACAGUUUAACACUGAACAGAAGGAUGAUGCCAGGGGACUCCAACACUAUAACCACUUCAAUCAGAUGAAGCAGUUAUAGUGUCGACAGUGUCCCUUUAAGUUUUUUUAUUAUAGGGACCCACAUUCCAUAUAUGGCGUAACUAGAUUGGAAACCUGUUCUUCAAUUUUAAAAUGCUUUCAGUGACCGGUUGUGCAGGUGUUGCAUAAUAUAUUUUCUAUAGUACAUUUUAUAAAAACACUUUAUUAGACUAUCCCUCGUAUCUGAGGGGUCUGCAUUUCACCAGGGUAGGCAGUGCUGCUAAACUAUCCCGUGGGAACGAUGAUUAGGAUGAACCGGUCUCAUCCAUUGUUGAUGCACUGAUAUAGGUUUGGGACAGAGUGUUCACAAUUACUGUGAUGGUUUGUCAGUACUUUAUGUUUUUGUAAGUUGGAUAAUAAUGUCUGUGUGUGUUGUAUGCGAAACAGCCUUCAUGCUUAUUUAUUUUUCUCUUACAGGAUUAUUGAGUUUAAAAGACCAGUGAAAUUCAAGGAUGUGAUGCAGAAAGUCACAGAUGCGUUUGGGCAAACAAUGGACUUGCACUAUGCAAACAAUGAGGUAAUGAACCCGGCUGUUCCAAGAAUCUACGAUCUUACUGCAAGUUAUGGUCUGAAACGGUGAAAAAAGAAACAUCUUGUGUUAAAGGAAAUCUGCCAUUUUGCAGGAUUUUUACUGUUGUUUUUACUUAUCCCCUGUAUUAAACACCCUGGUUAGCAUUAGCCAAUAAACAAACAUACCUCCCAAGUGUCUCUAUUUAGGAGGGACAGUCCCUAUUUUGGGCUCAAAUCCCUCAGUCUCUCUCUUUUAUCCUAAUGUCCCACUUUUUUAGAAGCUCCAUAUUGUUGGUGUCUCUGAGUGUAUAACAGAGCUCCACAGCAAUAAUACUCCAAGUAAUGUGUCUGAGUGUAUAACAGAGCUCCACAACGAUAAUACUCCAAGUAAUGUGUCUGAGUGUAUAACAGAGCUCCACAGCAAUAAUACUCCCAGUAAUGUGUCUGAGUGUAUAACAGAACUCCACAGCAAUAAUACUCCCAGUGAUGUGUCUGAGUGUAUAACAGAGCUCCACAGCAAUAAUACUCCCAGUGAUGUGUCUGAGUGUAUAACAGAGCUCCACAGCAAUAAUACUCCCAGUGAUGUGUCUGAGUGUAUAACAGAGCUCCACAGCAAUAAUACUCCCAGUAAUGUGUCUGAGUGUAUAACAGAGCUCCACAGCAAUAAUACUCCAAGUAAUGUGUCUGAGUGUAUAACAGAGCUCCACAGCAAUAAUACUCCCAGUAAUGUGUCUGAGUGUAUAACAGAGCUCCACAGCAAUAUUACUCCCAGUAAUGUGUCUGAGUGUAUAACAGAGCCCCACAGCAAUAAUACUCCCAGUAAUGUGUCUGAGUGUAUAACAGAGCCCCACAGCAAUAAUACUCCAGUAAUGUGUCUGAGUGUAUAACAGAGCUCCACAGCAAUAAUACUCCCAGUAAUGUGUCUGAGUGUAUAACAGAGCUCCACUGCAAUAAUACUCCCAGUAAUGUGUCUGAGUGUAUAACAGAGCUCCACAGCAAUAAUACUCCCAGUAAUGUGUCUGAGUGUAUAACAAAGCUCCACAGCAAUAAUACUCCCAGUAAUGUGCCUGAGUGUAUCACAGAGCUCCACAGCAAUAAUACUCCCAGUAAUGUGUCUCAGUGUAUAACAGAGCUCCACAGCAACAAUACUCCCAGUAAUGUGUCUGAGUGUAUAACAGAGCUCCACAGCAAUAAUACUCCCAGUAAUGUGUCUGAGUGUAUAACAGAGCUCCACAGCAAUAAUACUCCCAGUAAUGUGUCUGAGUGUAUAACAGAGCUCCACAGCAGUAAUACUCCCAGUAAUGUGUCUGAGUGUAUAACAGAGCUCCGCAGCUAUAAUACUCCCAGUAAUGUGUCUGAGUGUAUAACUGAGCUCCACAGCAAUAAUACUCCCAGUAUGUGUCUGAGUGUAUAACAGAGCUCCCCAGCAAUAAUACUCCCAGUAAUGUGUCUGAGUGUAUAACAGAGCUCCACAGCAAUAAUACUCCCAGUAAUGUGUCUGAGUGUAUAACAGAGCUCCACAGCUAUAAUACUCCCAGUAAUGUGUCUGAGUGUAUAACAGAGCUCCACAGUAAUAAUACUCCCAGUAAUGUGUCUGAGUGUAUAACAGAGCUCAUCAGCAAUAAUACUCCCAGUAAUGUGUCUGAGUGUAUAACAGAGCUCCACAGCAAUAAUACUCCCAGUAAUGUGUCUGAGUGUAUAACAGAGCUCCACAGCAAUAAUACUCCCAGUAAUGUGUCUGAGUGUAUAACAGAGCCCCACAGCAAUAAUACUCCCAGCAAUGUGUCUGACUGUAUAACAGAGCCCCACAGCAAUAAUACUCCCAGUAAUGUGUCUGAGUGUAUAACAGAACUCCACAGCAAUAAUACUCCCAGUAAUGUGUCUGAGUGUAUAACAGAGCUCCACAGCAAUAAUACUCCCAGUAAUGUGUCUUUAAACUACAAUAAAUGUGAUGAGAAAUCAGGCUGUGUAAAUACGAUACAUUGUUCUUGUUCUGAAUUACAUUUUAGUUAAAUUGUUAUUAGUCGCCUAAAAUGUCUCAGAACAGCCCCGCCCAUGGUCACAGCCCCAGUCACGCCAAAAUUAAAUACUGGGAGGUAAAUUAGCUUGGAGGUGAACAUGGGGCUAUUGGGUGGUAAGUUACAAACUGCAAUUUAUAAAGAAACAAAAAAUACACACAAACAGAAUCUGAGAUUUUUUAUUUUUUUUAUAUAUCGAAGUGGAUUGUGAAAUGAGAUUCUGCAGGGGCGGACAAUUCACUUCAUGUUGGAAUAAAGCGUGUGUUUUGCUACAUAGAAUAAAUCAAAGUGAAUAAUAUCUGUUUUUUUAAGCAGUAAACGGCUGUUUGUAAAGACUUCUAUGUGGUUUCUUGGCAGCGCUGCUGGAAAACUUCUUUUGGCGUUGAUGAAUAUUUUCCAUAUAGCGUUGCCUGAUUGGCACUAUCAGAGCAAAAAAAUAUCCACCAAUCCACUAGGCAAAGCGUGCUAACUGCGUUUUACAGUUUCCUGAAAUCCGUUCAUGCUCCUGGGGGGCCCUCUGCUGGUUGUCGAUGGCAUUUACAAAUACUAAUUUGAAACCUCAAGAUGCGCAGUUGUUUGUUCAGUAAAUUUUAUUUAUUAUUAUUUAUUACUGGCAUUUAUUAAGUUGCCAAAAUAUUCCACAACGCUGUAAAUACCAAAUUACAGUGAAAUUAAUAUAAUCACAUUUUUUAAUCAUUUCUCUUGAAAUACCUUUUAUAUUUUUAUGAGAAUUAAAAAAGUAAAAAAAAGAUACAGAUUCACACAACUAUAGAAAACAUCCUUUUCAGGUUCACCAUUCCUUGCAGAGUAUAGUUUUUAUAAUAUGUUGAUUAAUGUAAAGUUUAUUUCAGGUGAAAGGUAUGUUUUCAGCGUGUUCUCAUUUGUCAUGUAUCAAAUAACUGGAACACAGGGCUUUAAGUUCUCCCCGGGGUUUGCAUCCAACAUGUAUCUUGCUCGUGUCUUUCAGCUCCUCAUUCCCAUAAAGUGUCAGGACGACUUGGAAAAGGCCCUAGAACAGUUGGACUCGAGCCUCUCUUUGAAGAGUCUGAAAAUUCUUGUGAAAGUGCCCAAAAAAAAUAGCGUGAGUAAAGUUUCUGUUUUCGGCACGGAUCAUUGGGAUUAACUGUGAAAGAAAAUAGAAUUAGAUGCAGAGUUUAAUUGUAAUAAUUAUUUUCCUGUCAGUUUCAAGGCACUGACACAUUUUCUAAAUUGGCACGUCUUUUGUUCAUUUACUUUCCUACACCGUGCGAACGAUCGCCAACCGUGCAAAUUUAAAAUGAAGGUGCGUCUGUCAGCAUUGCAUCUUUGUUUCAGUCACAUGCAAAUGUAUUACAAUUACAUUCAUAAUAGUCGAUCGUUCUCUUAGAAAGGCUAGAAGGUUCUCUGACAAAAAAAAAAGCAAGCCUCAGGCUCCGCAUUAUGACACUCUUUCCCACAAUGCCUAUCUCACACCAUCAGCACACCCUGCGCAGCUGCCAUAUUAUUUUUUUAUAACACUAUGACUGUGACGUAGAGGCAUAAUUAUCUAGAAUAUUAAUCUGUAGCGCUAAUACAGAAACUACACGUGCCAUUUGAAAGUAUAUAUAGUUUAGUCUGUAUAAUGUGUGAGAGUCAGAUUGGUAACCAAUGCCAAGCGACGGUUUAUAGUUUACACACCCGUGCUGUAAGCAUAGUGGCAUAGUCCUGGAUUACACAUGCAUCCACCAGGUUUUUAUCUUUAUGCUGAAUGGGGCCUGUCACAUACCUUGCCCACAUAGAAUUUAGAAGCAAGCAGAUGUACUCAUAUACACUAUGCCCACCAUCUUGGAGGUGGCAGUAGCUGAAUUUAGUUUAGUAUUAUUUUUUAAUGUAGACACUUAAUGGUGACUUCUGUGUGCUCCAUUUUUUGUGGAUUUCUGCUAAUAAUGUCUCCUUAAUAAUGCAAUAUGUGUUUUUUACUGUUUCUUUUCUUUUAAUGACCAGACACUUUUAUGUUUAUUUUUUGUAUUCGACAGUUUCUGCAACCUGUGUGUCCGAAGCAGCAUGACAUGAGGCUAUCCAAAUCUAUGGGAGAUAUUCUGGGCUCUCUGUACAAAGAUUCAGGAAAGAAUCGCAAAUGUUCAACAGGCAAGCAGUCCUAUAUCACAUUUAUCUCACGAUUCAUCACAUCCCCCACGGCUGAAUUCUGCUAAUUCUUGCAGAUUUCCCUAUGGCCGCAAUGGCUAAAACUGUUUGCAAACUGCAUUUCCCAUGAUACUCCGACAGCUGAGGGCUAAUUUAAUUCUGCUUUGGGCUGUGCAAUAACUAAAAAAAAAAACACAUGUAAAAAUGAGCUUUAAGCAGCAUAUCCAAAUAUAAUAUCUGUUAAUCGCACCAAUCAACUCCAAUUCGUUCUCACCUGUUGACUCCACAGGUUAAAUAUUAUGGUUUUGAUACAUUCGUCGAUUAACCAGGGAUUUUAUUUGGGCAAAUCACAUGCAAUAAAUUUUUGCACAGGUCUACUAAAAGUUAGCUGUGCACCCAGUAUCCCAGACCUGAAUGACUCCCCAGCACCAUGACCACUUCAGUGCACAUAAGGAGUUUAACCCCUCAGCUGCCAGAUCUGUAAUUCCAUCUCCAGCUGCAUCUCUGCAACAGCCAGAAACCUGUCACCUGGAAAAAUAUGAACCUCAGAGCCGGCAGGGAUUUAGGUAAGAGGACAAGCCAUUGGUAAAUGGUAUUCCCCAUUACCAUGCAGUCGGGAUACCCCUGGCAUUAUAAACACUAGAGUGGGCUGUACCAACUCUUUGAAUACCACUGCAAUGACAAUCAGAGUGUAAGCUCAUCUGCCACCAUCAAGGCAAACCCUUCAAGUUAGUUUCACACUAACAAUUCACCUUUCUGUAAAAUUUAUAAUAACUCUGAAGUGGAUAAUCAUAUAAAUCCCUACAAACUAAAAAACUCUAAAUGGUGUACACACAGGGUGGGAGACAUCACUGUAACAUGGCUGGAAACUGAACAAGCAUUUAAAACAUGUCACCCAUGCACCCAGACUCACAUCACUCUUGCCUGUUCUUGUGCCUGCUUUGAUAUUAUCCCUAUUUAGGGUUAAUUAUGGAGGUUUGUAAGGAAAACCCAUUUUUUUUUACAGUUUAGGGCUCGCCUAAGAGGUCUGGUUGUUACUGUGGCAUUAAUAAACUCAGAAACUAAAGGAACACUGCACGCACUUUAACAAUUUCAUCUUAUUGACGUAGUUAUACGGCCUUCUGACCUGCCUCCCCCUACUCCUCUCCCUCCAACCCCCCAAAUCCUUAUUUUCACUAAUAAAAAAAGCUUGAAAGCACACUUCAACCCCCACCUCCAAUCUGUCUGUGAAUGAGAGCCUUCCCGACUGUCAUACGUAAGCAUAACUUCACUGCCAUCUUGGUUUGCCAUAGAGAAUCAUUGCAUUCAAUGGUAGAAUCUUAGACAGACCAUGGCGAGUGUCGCGCAUGCACCUAAGGUCGCCCAAUGCUUCUCCAUGAGGAGCAUUGGAUUAGAUCUUCAGCCUGCAGGCAUGCCUCCAGAAUGACAUCACCAAGGGAGAUAAGGUGAGUAAUUUGUAUUAUUUUUAUUUGUUUAUUUUUGUUUUGUUUUGUCAUACCAGGGCGACCCUAAACUAAACCGCCACAUCAGGACGUUAGCUUUAGGAAUACAGAUAUGUAUUCUUAACGCCACAAUGUUACUUUAAUCUAUGUAAAUAUUUAAAUGUGCACAGUGCUCAGUUAUUUAUUUUUGGGAAUGGGGUGGGGUGGUACCAGCUUUAUCCUGAAAUAAUCCCAUGUAACGUUUCUAAUGGAUGACAAUAUGAAGGACUUUAGAAUGUGUGUCUUGCCUUCCUUGAUUGUAUUAGUGACUAAAUAUGCCAGGGCGUGACGUUAUCCAAUAAAAUGGCCAUCCAUACAAAAUAUUACCUUAUGGUGUAUUUAUCUUACUGAAACCUUCUAACUCCGUAUUAUCCCAUCAGGUUCCCUACAUACCGGCCGCACCUCGCCGCCGCCAGGCUGUGUUCCUGAUGAACAGCAACAGAUCGCCCGUCAGGGGUCAUACACUAGCAUUAACAGCGAAGGAGAAUUCAUUCCUGAGGUAAGAAAAACACUUUAUUUAAAUAUUUCCUUCACUAGUGCUGUAACCCUGUCUGCACCAGUGCGUAAAGGGUGAAAACAAGAUUUGCAGUGUAGUUCUGAUUUUUGGUACUAUUACAUUUUGCAGGACCAUGCUUGGUUCACUUUAAUGUAUCCUACAUUUAAUGUAUCCUAUAGUCUAUAGUCACCAAAACAACUGUAGCUGAAUGAAGCGGUUUUUGUGUAUAGGUAAUGCCCCUGCAGUCUCACUGCUCAAUUCUCUGCAAUUUAGUAGUUAAAUCAUUUUGUUUAUGCAGCUCUAGUCACACCUACCUGCAUGUGACUUGCACAGUCUUCCUAAACACUUCCUGUAAAGAGUCAUCUAAUGUUUACACCAGGGUAGGUGUGGUUAGGACUCUAUAAACAGAAACAAAGGGAUUUAACUCUUAAAUGGCAGAGAAUUGAGCAGUGAAACUUCUGUAGAAUAAUCAAUACACAAAAAUGGCUUCAUUGAGCUAGAGUUGUUUUGGUGACUAAAGUGUCCCUUUAAUGAGAUCAUAUGGCCAAAAAUAUAACCAAAACCUUUAAUUUAAAUAAUCUGUAUUCACUGGUGACUUAGGUGAUAAAUAAGGAAAAAGUAAUGGCCACUUUUGUAUUAAGUUUAUUCUGACCUAGGGAACUACAUGGCUGACGUGGGUAAACUGUGAGCAUCCUAAAUUCUAUUUUCUCCCCAUCGCAGGUUCUUGAUUCCUUCAUUAGCCCGAGCGGCUCACUGUCCAGCAGCUGCCAAUCACUGGAACAAUCCUUGGACAGGUAUGAAGCUAACGUUACGCAUACAAUAUGGUGGGUUUAAGUUCUCUCUUACAAAAUCCACAAUCCUAUUUAAAGGGACACUCCAGGCACCCAGACCACUUCUGCCCAUUGGAGUGGUGUUUAAUAAUAAUAAUAAAUAAUAAUUACAUUGCAGGGUUAACUCCUCCUCUAGUGGUUGUCUAGCGUCGCUCAAUUCCCCAUAGUAAAGCACUGAAAGCAUUUGACAUAUGAUUCCUGCGAUACAAGUAAGGUAAAUGUGAAAUUCCAUAUUCCAGGUUCUCAAAAGGCUAAAAUACAUGGAAAGUAUAUAAGUUUUUAUCCUUUCCUUUUUAUUAUAUUGAUGGCUGACACUUUCAUUAUCUAUAUUGUAAGAUGUGCAGCACUGCCCAAACCCUUAAUGGGUGUAAAACUAUUGAGAUUAACUUUUAUUGUUAUUUAUAAAGCGCCAACAAAUUCCAUAGCUCUGUACAAUGGGUGGACUAAAAGAUGCGUAAUUGUAACCAGACAAAUGGACGCACAGGAACAGAGGGGGAGGGCCCUGCUCAGUGAGCUUACAUGCUAGAGGGAGUGGAUUAUAGGGACACAAAAGGUACGGCUAGGCACAGAUGUGGUAUAAUACUGUUUGGCUAAUUUCUUACGGCUUAGGAUGAUAGCACUAACUAAUAAAAUUGAUUUAGUAAACAGGAUAUACUUGGUUCCUGAUUGCAUUCCUCGCUAUCAUUCUUCAUGAUAUCAUCAGUUUGGUUUGAAGAAUACCGUGAUAAAGCGUUGGUUUGUCUGCAUCUAAUGUAAUGAUCUCAGCUCUGGGUACCAAGAGAAACUUUGGUUUUUAUUUGGGUGUCACCAACGUAAACAUUCCACGGAUAAGGGAGCAGCCACUAGUUGCUCUCACAGAAAAUCCCAAAAGGCAGAAACCAGGAUAUGCAAAUAUAAAGGAGAAGGAUCUCACAGGAAGGGACAGAGGAAUACUCGCAAGGGUUACAGCAGGAUCUGAGCUCUGCGUUUUACUAACUGAGAUAAAAGUUUGCUGCACUAUGGAUUGACCUAAUCCCAUACAAGUCAGCAAAUUCACUGCAGCUGAACUCGCUUCCAGUCUGACGUCAAUGGGGAGUUGGCUCUGAAAAUUAACUCUUGCUGACCGAUAUUGAGUUAAUUAUUUUCAGGUGCACAGUGGUCUGUGCUAAUGUUAGAGGAUUUAUAGUGACACUCAGCAACCUCAGGUGCUCCUGGUAGGUCUUGAUAAUCACAUGCUUUAUAGUGGCCCUUAGUGGCCAGUGACUUUAUAGUGGUACUUGCCCAUCUCGGAUACAUCGAUUGAUAACAAGAUCGCAGUCUUCUUCUAGAGAUCCUUACAGAUCUCAUUAUUUAUUAUACAGCCCUAGUUACACCUCCCUGCAUAUGACUUACCCAGCCUUCCUAAACACUUCCUGUAAAGGGAAAUCUAAUGUUUCUACUUCCUUUAUUGUACAUUCUAUUUAAUUUAGAUUUUCUUAUCUCCUGCUAUGUUAAUAGCUUGCUAGACCCCACAGGAGCCUCCUGUAUGUGAUUAAAGUACAAUUUACAGCGAAAGUGAUAAAAAAAUUUAAAGUAAGUUAACGUCUGAUUGAAAAUUAAACAAUUUUUUUCAUGCAAGCUGUGUCAAUCACAGCCAGAGGAGGUGUGGCUAGGGCUGCGUGGACACAAAUAAAAAAAUAUUUAACUACUAAAUGGCAGAUAAUUGAGCAGUGAGACUGCAGGGGCAUGACCUGUACACCAAAACUGCUUCAAUAAGCUAAAGUUGUUUUGGUGACUAUACUGUCCCUUUAAUAAUUGUACAAAAAAAAUUAAAUAAAGGUGCAAAAGUGUGCGAAACUUUGAUAAUUCCUCCCCUGUCUCACUCCGUGGGCUUUGCUAAACGGUGCAGGAAGAGAUCACACUGAGGUUCAGUCUAUUAUUGUGUUUUUCUUACCUUGUCUGCGUGUACUGAACAUUUGGUGAACAUUUAUUUUGAGCAGCGGUAAUUCACUUGCUGGGGGAUUCCCCGAGUCUCAGAAUAUUUAUUUUCUUUUCUUGGCCUCCAGCCCAGGAUUUUCCACUCCAGUUACAAGAAGAAACGGCCCGCUGGUAGACAGCUUGGAUUGUUUAGGUAAAGAGAACAAAUGCUUUACUCCCCCCCCCCCCUUUUCCCCCUUCAUCCACUCCUGCCUUUAUACAGAAUUCCUCAUGUUUCUCAUACAUACUCUGCGUGAUAUCGCCGGAUUCCUGUUCUAAGAUAGGAGAUAAAUGGAGAUACAGAGAAGGUCAAGGAGAUCAGCAAUGGAGGAACUUGCAGAUAGAGAUAGGUUGUAUUUAGUAUAGAAUGGCCGGUUAGCCAGAGUCUGAGUGUGGCCGGUUAGCCAGAGUCUGAGUGUAGACUGUUGGCCAGAGUCUGAGUGCAGCCAGUUAGGUAGAAUCUGAGUUUAGCAGGUUAACCUGAGUCUGAGUGCGGCUGUUAGCCAGAGUUUGAAUGCGGCGGUUAGCCAGAGUCUGAGUGUAGCCUGUUGGCAGGAGUCUGAGUGUAGCCUGUUGGCAGGAGUCUGAGUGCGUCCAGUUAGGUAGAAUCUGAGUGCGUCCAGUUAGGUAGAAUCUGAGUGCGUCCAGUUAGGUAGAAUCUGAGUGCGGCCAGUUAGGUAGAAUCUGAGUGCGGCCAGUUAACCCGAGUCUGAGUGCGGCCAGCUAACCCGAGUCCGAGUGCGGCCAGCUAACCCGAGUCUGAGUGCGGCUGUUAGCAAGAGGUUGAGUGCGGCUGUUAGCAAGAGGUUGAGUGCGGCUGUUAGCAAGAGGUUGAGUGCGGCUGUUAGGCAGAGUCUGAGUGUGCCUGUUAGCCAGAGGUUGAGUGCGGCUGUUAGCCAGAGGUUGAGUGGGGUGGUUAGUCAAAGUCUGAGUGUAGCCUGUUUGCCAGAGUCUGAGCGCGGCCAGUUAGCCAGAGUCUGAGUGCGGCCAGUUAGGUAGAAUUUGAAUGCGGCCAGUUAGGUAGAAUUUGAAUGCGGCCAGUUAGGUAGAAUUUGAAUGCGGCCAGUUAGCCAGAGUCUGAGUGCCCAGGUUAAUCUGAGUCUGAGUGCGGCAGAUUGACCUGAGUCUUAGUGCGGCUGUUAGCCAGAGUCUGGCUGUAGCUGGUUGAGAGAAUUUACGUGUGGCAAACUGGCAGCAAUGUGAAUAUAACAGGCUGGUGGGUAUCUGAGUUGCAGGGUGGCUGGAAUGUGAGUGACUGGGAUGUGCGUGGCUGGAAUGUGAGUGGCUCGGAUGUGCGGAUGUGCGUGGCUGGAAUGUGAGUGGCUGGGAUGUGCGUGUACUCUAUCUUUAUGGACUGAGAUGGUAAACUUGGUACUGUCUCUGUGUGCGGCAAGCUGAAGCAUGUUUAAGUGUGGCUGGUUGUAAGGGCUGUGAGAAUGGCUGUCUGGCGUGUGUCAGAUUGCGGAAUAAGAUAAGAUGUUAACGUGUGUCAGGGAUCUUCGUGUGGCAAACUAAGAGGAUACUGAAAGUGGCCGGCUGGUGGAAAUGAAAAUGUAGCUAGAUGGCCAACAUUUGUAAGUGACAGCUGAUAGGGAUUAAUUUAAGCUUAUUUUGUUUUAUUAUCCUUUACAACAGCGAGUUCUUGGUGGGGGGGGAGUUUGAGUUAUUAACGCUGGAUUGUAAUGGGCAUCAGACUCCGAGUACUCUCCAUAUACAGACUCACAGAGGUCUCUAUACAGUCUGGCUUUCUGUGCCAUAGCUAUAAGGGGGGAAAUCCUACUCCCAUACUGUGUUUUCAUGUAGACUGGUGGUAUAACACUUCAUUCUUCCGAUAGAAAACUGUGCAAAAUUACAUAAAUCAACAACUCCUUUCUCCCUUCUUUGCUAGAUUUUGAAAUUCCAAUGUACGAGAGGUUUGGAAAAGGCGGCACUUUCCCCCGGCAGUUUCAUUUCUCCCAGAGUCGAAAAGACUACAGUGAUGGUGAGAAUGUAUAAACAAGACUUUAUGUGUGAAAUAGAAAUGGUUGUUUUACUCCAUUUAAAGCAUGCAUUAAAUGUUCUCACAGUAACAGAGCAAAUAUGGUUAGUUGGCGUGGAUCACAUUAUCUAAUAGACGUGUGCAUUCAAUUUUGGAAAAAUUCCACUUUCCAUUAAUUUCGUCAGAAAAUGAUUUGCUGUUACUAAAUUAACGAAUGACCUAAUCGAAAAGCGAACUAAUUUUUGGUAGCCAUUCCGUUAUUUGUUAACCUCUUCUGGGUGCAUAAAUAAGUAAAAUAUAUACAUAAAGUGAAUCUAAGAGUCUCUAUGGCUUUUCCUGCUUCACUCCCUGCACUGAAACAGGAAAAACCAUAGAGACUAACUGUCCAUUCUCAAACACUAUCCAUUCCAAGGUGUAUGUAUAUGGCUGAAGGAUCCUGUCAUUUCCUUUUUCUUUUUUUUUCACUGUGCAAUACAAUUUUAUUUGCAAGAAGGCUUUUACAAUUUUUUUAUUUGUAUUUUUGCAGUGGAAGGAUCCUGUCAUAGACUAAAGGCAGGGAGGUUUUUCUUUCUUUUUUUUUCUUUUUUUUUUUUCUUUUCUUUUUUUUUUACAUAUACAUCAUUUUUUAAAAUCUAUUUCUUUUCAAAAUUUGAUGAAAGGAUUAUAUAAAAAAUUGUUUUCAAGUGGCAGUUGUCCUUUAAGGCUCUGCCUACAUCCUACAGAAGCAAUGUGAUAUGUUCCUUGGAGAAAGUGAGAUUGGUGAGAUAGAUGUUAAUAUUUAAAACCUAGGAUUUCUUACAUUUUACGUAUUAAAGCAUUCACUAUUAGGAAAUAAAAUUUAAUUUUAAAUUAUUGCACAAAACGUAUCAGUGAAAGUUAAAGGGUCACUAUAGGGUCAGGAACACAGACAUGUAUUCCUGACCCAUAGUGUUAAAACUACCAUCUAGCCCCCUGGAGCCCCUCAUGCCUCCAUAAAUAUGUAUUCAAGCCAAAAGCUGUAGAUCUGCAUGCUGUUAGACUCAGAAAAACAAGCAGUCUGCUGACAUCAUCAGAAGUGGUAGCCUGAUCCAAUCACAGUGCUUCCCUAUAGGAUUGGCUGAGACUGACAAGGAUGCAGAUCAGGGGAAGAGCCAGCAUGAUUCAAACACAGCCCUGGCCAAUCAGCAUCUCCUCAUAGAGUUGAAUUUAAUCAAUGAAUCUCUAUGAGGAAAGUUCAGUGUCUGCAUGCAGAGGGAGGAGAUACUGAAUGUUUGGAUGCAAUUUAGGCAGCCAUGACCCAGGAAGGAUCUCUAACAGCUAUCUGAGGAGUGGCCAGUGAAGUUAUCCCUAGGCUUAAAGGACCACUCUAGGCACCCAGUCCACUUCAGCUUAAUGAAGUGGUCUGGGUGCCUGGUCCAGCUAGGGUUAACCCAUUUUUUUUAUAAACAUAGCAGUUUCAGAGAAACUGCUAUGUUUAUUAAUGGGUUAAUCCAGCCUCUAAAGCCUCUAGUGGCUGUCUCAUUGACAGCCGCUAGAGGCGUUUGCGUGCUUCUCACUGUGAAAAUCACAGUGAAAAGACGCAUUAUGAAUGCUUUCCUAUGAGACUGGCUGAAUGCGCGCGCAGCUCCUGCCGCGCAUGCCCAUUCAGCCGAAGAGGAGGAGAGGAGGAGGAGAGCUUCCCGCCCGGCGCUGGAGAAAGGUGAGUGUUUAACCCCCUCCUCUCCCCAGAGCCCGGCGGGAGGGAGACCCUGAGGGUGGGGACACCCUCAGGGCACUAUAGUGCCAGGAAAACGAGUAUGUUUUCCUGGCACUAUAGUGGUCCUUUAAUGUAAACACUGCAUUUUCUCUGGAAAGACAAUGUUUACAGCAAAAAGCCUGAAAGUAAUGAUUAUACUCACCAGAACAAAUUCAAUAAGCUCUAGUUGUUCUGGUGACUAUAGUGUCCCUUUAACACUAACUAUCCCAGCAAAUUUUGCAGGAAAAUAAGAUGUGAAUGUUGUAGUCACUGCCGAUCUUUCCUGCCCACAUUUUCACAGAUAAAAAAGUCAAUAAAAUUAUCUUGAUGGUGGCAGAAGGAUCGGGAGCAAAAGUGUAUAUAUAUAUUUUAAAUCUUCUUUAAAAUUAUUUGACAAGAGGAGGAAUUGCAUCUUAAUAUUCCAUCCACCAUAACCACUCCUGGAAAAUAUAUCCGUUAUGGGGACUCAGGCUGCACUAUUGAUUCUGUGAUAAUCUGGAAUUUUCAACCCAACAAAUUUUCCUUUAUUCCAGGAAUGUUACAUAUUAAUUAUUUUGUUGUUUCUUUGAUUUGUGAAGGUCGGCGCACAUUCCCUCGGACUUAUGUCCCUCCGGAGAACCUCUUUCAGUUGAGUCCUAGCAAUAGAACAAGAAGUGUUAAAGGCGAGGGCAAAUGGGGCCUGAGCCCAGAACAAGGAUCAGACCACUGCACCACAUGUAAGUCUAUUGUGACCACAGUCAUUUUGUUAAUUUCUAUUUUAAUACUCCCUUCUAAAAUUCCUAUUUUAUCUACAUUCUCUCAUUUCCAUUUUAUAUUCCUCUUCCUUUUCCUCAUUUCACGUACCUCCAAAUUGUAUUUUUGUAUUCUUUCCUCAAAUUCGUUUUCAUGUACUUCCUGACUCAUUAUUAUAUGACCCUACUCAUUUGAUAUAUCAAAAUCCACUCCAUUUACCAAAAUCCAACCCCCCCUAUUGCAUAACUCUCCACCCAUUUUUUAUUCCAUAUUCGGUUUCACCCAGCCAUCCCCAUUUCUAAACACCAUUUUGUGUGUUCAUCAUUCGCCCACAUUUCUUCUUCUUUGUCUGGUUGGAAGAGUGGUAAUGUUACUGCUUUACCACCAGGAAACCCAGAUUAAAUCCCGGUCAGACCACCUAACAAAUAAGUGUCCUUUGGCAAUACACCUAACAAUAUAUAUCCACCUACCUCUAAUCCUCAUAGAUUGUAAGCUUGUUUGAUCAGGGUCAUCUUCACCUCUCAAAUAUCCCCUUUCAGUAAAGGUAAAGUGUUGUAGGAUAUGUUGGCCCUUUUUGGCAGAUGUUGUAUUUUUUUAUACAACUUCCCUGUUUCCAGCAUAUUUGAUUCUUACUCAGUUUGCAUUGUGCAAGAAUAGUAUAGGACCAGAAUUACAGCCAAAUCGACUAGCGCAUGCUCUGCUCAGUUUAAUGUGUGUAAGAAAGUGACUUGAGAUCUUAUGCAAACAUUUCUUAUAGCCUCUCAGGCUCCUGAGAACUGGAGAUUGGGUAAGCUUCUUGGGCGAGGAGCGUUCGGUGAAGUCUAUCUAUGUUACGAUGUGGAUAGAGGCAGAGAGCUGGCAGUAAAGCAGGUGCCGUUUGACCCCGACAGUCAAGAAACAAGCAAAGUAAGUAAGAGCUGGUUACUAUAACAAGACUCGCAUACAAAGAUGACAUGGCGAUACUUUCCGAGCAAUUACAUUUCAUCUGCACAUUGUUUAAGCCAGAACCCACUUGUGUUUUUAACGUAUUACUUGCUGAAGCAUUCUUUUUACUGAACUUAUUUAAUUACAGGUAUUAGAAUAAUUUACUGAUUCCCUUUUUUGAUUGCAGGAGGUGAACGCUUUAGAAUGUGAGAUUCAGCUACUGAAGCUCCAUCGGCAUGAGCGGAUAGUUCAGUACUAUGGUUGCUUGCGGGAUCCGGCAGAGAGGAAGCUCUCCAUAUUUGUGGAGUAUAUGCCAGGGGUGAGUAAUUCCCAAACCUACUCGUUCGGAUACCCAAUCCUUCUCAUUGUGAUCUUUCAGACUAUGUAUUCUGAGCACCUUUUUUUCGCAUUAUGAUCUCUUAUUCUUUGAUCCGUGUCCUACUCAUUUUGAUCUCUAGUUGUUAUUCUGACACCCUGUCCUAUUCAUGUUGAUCUGCCAUACUACUCAUUAUGUUCUCCCAUCUUAUUCAUUUUGACCCCAUCCUACUCCUUGUCAUCUCCUAUUCCAUUAAUUCUUAUCUCCCAUCCUACCCAUUUUGAUCUUCUGUCCUACUCAUGGUGAUCUCCUGUCCUACUCAUGGUGAUCUCCUGUCCUACUCAUCGUGGUCUCCUGUCCUACUCAUCGUGGUCUCCUGUCCUACUCAUCGUGGUCUCCUUUCCUACUCAUCAUUGUCUCCUUUCCUACUCAUUGUGGUCUCCUGCCCUACUCAUCAUGGUCUCCUGCCCUACUCAUCGUGGUCUCCUGCCCUACUCAUCGUGGUCUCCUGCCCUACUCAUCGUGGUCUCCUGUCCUACUCGUUGUGAUCUCCUGUCCUACUGAUCGUGAUAUCCUGUCCUGCUCAGCGUGAUAUCCUGUCCUACUCGUUGUGAUCUUCUGCCCUACUCUUGGUGAUCUCCUGUCCUAAUCGUGAUCUCCUGUCCUAAUCGUGAUCUCCUGUCCUACUGAUCAUGAUAUCCUGUCCUGCUCAUCGUGAUAUCCUGUCCUACUCAUUGUGAUCUCCUGUCCUACUCAUUGUGAUCUCCUGUCCUACUCAUUGUGAUCUCCUGCCCUACUCAUUGUGUUCUCCUAUCCUACUAUUGUGUUCUCCUGUCCUACUCAUCGUGAUCUUCUGUCCUACCCAUCGUGAUCUUCUGUCCUACUCAUCGUGAUCUUCUGUCCUACUCAUCGUGAUCUUCUGUCCUACUCAUCGUGGUCUCCUGUCCUACUCAUCAUGGUCUCCUGUCCUACUCAUUGUGGUCUCCUGUCCUACUCAUCGUGGCCUCCUGUCCUAUUAAUCGUGAUUUCCUGUCCUACUCAUUGUGAUCUCCUGUCAUACUCAUUGUGAUCUCCUGUCCUACUCAUUGUGAUCUCCCGUCUUUAUUCAUUCUAAUCUCCAAUUCUGCCUAUUCUGAUCUCUCAUCCUACUUAUUCUGAUAUUGUUUCCUAUUCAUUCAUACGCCUGUCUUAUGCAUUGUGAUCUCCUCUCCUACUCAUUGUAAUCUCCUGUCCUACUCAUUAUCUUCUAUUCAUUCUGAUCUCUCAUCCUACUGAUUCUGAUAUCCUGUCCCACUCAUUCUUAUCUCCUGUCCCACUUAUUCUGAUCUCCUGUCCUAUUCAUUGUGAUCUCCUGUCCCACUCAUUCUAAACUCCUUUCCCACUCAUUCUAAACUCCUGUCCUACUCAUUGUGAUCUCCUGUCUAUUCAUUCUGAUCGCCUGUCCUAUUCAUUCAGAUUUCUUAUCUUACUCAUGCUUUCCCUCUAUGCUAUUCAUGCUGCCCCCCAACCCCCAUUCUAAUUAUUUUGACCGGCAGCCUAUUCAUUCGAUACUCAAUCCUAUUCAAUAUGACCUUUAUCCUAUUCAUACUGACCUCCAUCCAAUUUAUUAUUACCCCUUAGUUUUAUUCAUUCCUACGCCCCUCCUACGCAUUCUGAUCUGUAAUAUACUUUAUUGUAGGGUUCUAUUAAGGACCAGUUGAAAGCAUAUGGUGCCCUAACAGAAAAUGUUACCCGAAGGUAUACCAGACAGAUUCUACAAGGAGUGUCCUACUUGCACGUUAACAUGAUUGUACAUCGAGACAUCAAAGGUGAGUGCUUUUUCUAUGAUACCGCAAUCGUAUUCACAUACACAGCAUUUCAGACGAAAAUGUAGAGAGAACCUUAAUACUUGAUCUGUUUUCCAGCAUAUUGGUUUGAGAACCAGCUCUUAUUAUUAUACCGUGAUGUUUUGAUAAAGAUACUCAUUGAUCAUUCUUGGUACCAGCUCUGAUCGCAUUAAACUGAUUGAUUCCCACCUUAACAGAAAUAAUAAAAGAAAUAAGCAGAGUGUCAGACUAACCUUGCUCUAAUUAAGAAACAUUAGUUAAACAUUUUUUGCUGAAAAUCCCUUGGUUAACUUUCUCUUCAAUAAAUGGCUCUAAUGACUCCUCUCUGCAACUGUCAUUAGUGUAAUACUAUACUUACCUUUUUGUGUCACUAUACCCCACUCCCUCUAACAUGUAAACUCACUGAGCAGGCCCUCAAUCCCUCUGUUACUGUGUCACUAUACCCCACUCCCUCUAACAUGUAAACUCACUGAGCAGGGCCCCCAAUCCCUCUGUUACUGUGUCACUAUACCCCACUCCCUCUAACAUGUAAACUCACUGAGCAGGGGCCUCAAUCCCUCUGUUACUGUGUCACUAUACCCCACUCCCUCUAACAUGUAAACUCACUGAGCAGGCCCUCAAUCCCUCUGUUACUGUGUCACUAUACCCCACUCCCUCUAACAUGUAAACUCACUGAGCAGACCCCCAAUCCCUCUGUUACUGUGUCACUAUACCCCACUCCCUCUAACAUGCAAACUCACUGAGCAGGGCCCUCAAUCCCUCUGUUACUGUGUCACUAUACCCCACUCCCUCUAACAUGUAAACUCACCGAGCAGGGCCUCAAUCCCUCUGUGACUGUGUCACUAUACCCCACUCCCUCUAACAUGUAAACUCACUGAGCAGGCCCUCAAUCCCUCUGUUACUGUGUCACUAUACCCCACUCCCUCUAACAUGUAAACUCACUGAGCAGGGCCUCAAUCCCUCUGUUACUGUGUCACUAUACCUCACUCCCUCUAACAUGUAAACUCACUGAGCAGGGCCUCAAUCCCUCUGUUACUGUGUCACUAUACCCCACUCCCUCUAACAUGUAAACUCACUGAGCAGGGCCCUCAAUCCCUCUGUUACUGUGUCACUAUACCCCACUCCCUCUAACAUGUAAACUCACUGAGCAGGCCCUCAAUCCCUCUGUUACUGUGUCACUAUACCCCACUCCCUCUAACAUGUAAACUCACUGAGCAGGGCCCUCAAUCCCUCUGUUACUGUGUCAGUAUACCCCACUCCCUCUAGCAUGUAAGCUCACUGAGCAGGGCCCUCAAUCCCUCUGUUACUGUGUCACUAUACCCCACUCCCUCUAACAUGUAAGCUCACUGAGCAGGGCCCUCAAUCCCUCUGUUCCUGUGUGUCCAACUUGUCUGGUUACAAAUACGUGUCUGUUAGUCCACCCAUUGUACAGCGCUACGGAAUUUGUUGGUGCUAUAUAAAUAAUAACAUAAUAAUAAUAAUGAAGUGGUGUCCUGCUAUAUGCUAAAUAGGAUUAAAGUAAUGCAGUAAGGGGCACAUGAAUAUCAGGUUAAAUAGAUUCUGCCAGACUGCUGUUUUUUUUAUAAUGCAGUGUUAAAAUGUACAUUAUAUACAACAAAAUGUGUGCACAAUAUGGAGGUAAGUAAAUGUUACAGCUAUAAAACACCUAUAGAGUGGUAUCCCCUACACCACUUAAAAACACAUAGUAUACAUACAUAAAAAGGUGGAGCUUUAAAAUACAGCGGAUGUUCUGCAAAAUAAAAUCGGUACAGAAAAUAGUGCAAUAUGUCUUUAAAACACUAUAUUACAAGGCGUAAAGAAAUGGUUAAACUCACAAGCCUGGAGUCAUACCCUCAUAUGACUCAAGUGGUAUAAUCCUCUGGACCAUUUGGGGGUUGUCCAGACCCUUCUUUCCCAGCGUACUUUGCGGUUUUUCUUAUAUCCCUCAACUGGCUCCCAGCUAUAGAAAAUGCCAGGUGUCAAAGGAUCCUUUAAAAGUAGUUUUAUUUCUCCAAAGAUAAAAACAAGAUUUAAAAAUCAAUAUGCUGAUGCCAGAUUUUUUUGGGAUAGACUAAAUAGUCCAAAAUAGUAGUUCAAAGAUCAAAACGCAUUUCGCCUUGAUAAAGGCUUCCUCAGUUUGCUGUUGUGUGUCCCAUCUGUUGCUGUUUUUAAAUAGCCCGCUUGCCGGUUUCGCUCGUUCUAUCCGUCACUUCCGGGUUGCGUCCUGUUGGAACGCAACGUGCGUUCCAGCGCUCAUCUUCCACGUUUGUCUUCCGUGUGUGUUAAUUUGAAUAGGCAUAUCAUCAAACUUUAUUGCUACAUGGCAAAUCGGUUGUAUACAAUGUAUCUCCGUGUUAAGGGAGAGUUUAUAUGAACAAUAUUCUUCACUAAAGAACAUUCCUUCAGGGUUUUUUUGGUGUGUAGUUCUAAAAUGGUUGGAGACACUAUGUGACUCCACACCAUUUUUUUUUUUGAAAUUUGUAUUUUAUUGGUUUUCACAUAAAAAAAAACGAGGGGUGGGUGGGGUUGGGUACAGAAAAAGAGAAGGGAGGUGGGAAAAAGGGGGGGGUACAGUCACUUUACAUCGAAUCCUAUGUCGGUUAGGAAUAUAUAAAAAUUGACAAUUGACAAUUGACAGUUGACAUUUGCAGGCCUUUGAGGCGGCUCAACAGCGCACAGUAAUCGGUUGAUCUCUUUAUGCAUCACAGUACAAAUGAUCCGACUAUCUAGGCUUACUACCCAUUCCUAGGUCCCAGUCUGCUGUAUACUACUCUCAGACGUAAUAGUGUUCCCCACAUUCUUGAGGCGAUUGCCACCCCCAGUCUACCUGCGUUUAGCUUUUGUGGUUAGUUGAGUUGUUAUUUUAAGUUGUGAUUGGUGGGUACGUGUUGUGCGUUAGCGUUUCUCCAAGCUCGCCACUGUUCCCAUGUGCUACCACUACAUUUGGUGCUAUUCUGCGCUUUGGAAAAGCUUGUUUCGUAAAUAGCUUGCUUGUCUAUGUCUUGGAUGAGGGCAGGAAUGCUAGGGGUGUCUGUUGUUUUCCAGUGUCGUGCGAUCAGUUUUUGUGCGGUUAGCAGGACGUGGUACAUUAAUUUUCUCGCUUGUGUGGGUGUUUCUCUGGGUAUAUCUAACAGUAAAAAGGUCUUAGGGUCAAAGGGUAGGUGGAUGGUGGUAUUAUCUGCAAUGAUUUUUCCUGUGUCUUCCCAAUACCUGAUUAGGCGUGGACAUUUCCACCAAAUGUGGAGGACCGAGCCUUUCUCUUGUUUGCAUCUCCAACACGUCGGAGACGCAGUGGGAUACAGUUUGUGUAUACGUAGCGGCACCAUAUACCACCGAUAUAUUGUUUUCUGGUGUUGUUCUAUAAGGGGAGCAGAUUUGAUCAAUUUUCUAGUGGAAGAUGUGAUAGAAGACCACUGUUUCUCAGUGAUGGGAGUUUGGAGGUCCAUUUCCCAUUGGUGUGCUGGAGUGGAGUCAGAAAGGGAUUGGUAUGGCAGAAUAAGUCUGUAGCAGCCAGAUAAGGGUUUGAAGGUCUGGGGUAGUUUGCCUGUGAUGCCUGUUUGUUCCCAGGUCGAUAGCGCACUGGCAAUUGUAGUCUCAUUUCUACUAUCUUUAUUACGUGUAUGUAGAAAGGAUUUAAAGGACCACUAUAGUGCCAGGAAAACAUACUCGUUUUCCUGGCACUAUAGUGCCCUGAGGGUGCCCCCACCCUCAGGGUCCCCCUCCCGCCCGGCUCUGGAAGGGGGAAAGGGGUAAAAACUUACCUUUUUCCAGCGCUGGGCGGGGAGCUCUCCUCCUCCUCUCCACCUCCGUUACGCCCAGCCGGCUGAAUGCGCACGCGCGGCAAGAGCUGCGCGCGCAUUCAGCCGGUCUCAUAGGAAAGCAUUUACAAUGCUUUCCUAUGAACGCUGGCGUGCUCUCACUGUGAUUUUCACAGUGAGAAGCACGCAAGCGCCUCUAGUAGCUGUCAAUGAGACAGCCACUAGAGGAUUAGGGGGAAGGCUUAACCCAUUCAUAAUUAUAGCAGUUUCUCUGAAACUGCUAUAAUUAUGAAAAAAUGGGUUAACCCUAGAAGGACCUGGCACCCAGACCACUUCAUUAAGCUGAAGUGGUCUGGGUGCCUAGAGUGGUCCUUUAAGUUGGAUGUAUGAAUAGCUUGAUGUGUGUGGCAUUUUAAAGAUCGUGUUAAGACGGUCAAAACCCAUCAGCUUGCCUGAUUCAAAGACCUGAGCUAGGUGUGAGAUUCCCUUGUCCUUCCACGGCAUUGCGUGAAAUGUUGGGAUGCAGUAUGUUAUGGCUUCUAUGGGAGUUGCCAUGGAGAGGGGGUUGGCUGUCUCAAACUUCCUCCUAUGCGUGUCCCAAAUCUGUAACGCUAGUUGUACUUGUAAUGGUAGUAACGGUGUAGUUGGUCUGUUUGAUUUGUGCAGCCAUGUCAGGAUGUGGAUUGCAAAGGGCUUAACAGCUAGGUUCUCUAGGUGUACCCAUUGUGGUUGGUUGUUCCUCACCAAAUGUGUUAAUAGAGGGGUUAAGGCUGCCGCCUGAUAGUAGGCUUUUACAUUUGGAAACGCCAUGCCCCCGUGUUUCACUGGUGUCCACACCAUUUUUUAUGUGUUCUGCCACCCUAGUGUUGAGGUUUCGAAUUGUGCGACCUACAUAUAAGAGGUUGCACGGGCAUUUUAGAACAUAGAUUACUCCUUUAGAGUAGCAAGUUAAAUGAUCUUUUAUUAAGAACUUUUGACUUAUGAAGGGUUCUAGAUCUGUUAUAUGUCUUUUUUUUACUCUUGGUGUUUUUGCAUGCUAAGCAUUGCCCACAUCCGUAAAAGCCUUUGUUCAUUGUGAAGAAAUUUUUCUUCAAUGUUAUUUCUUUAUUGCCACUGUGUACUAGGGUAUUUCUCAAGUUUUUAGCUCCCCUAAAAAUUAUUUUAGGUUUUUCUGGCAGGAUAUUUUUAAGAACCGGAUCAUCUCGUAAAAUGUGCCAGUAUUUAUUCAUAAUUUUAUUAAUUUUUCUGUUGUUACCAUUAUAUCUGGGAUAGAUUCCAUCUCUGCCAAAGUUUUGGAAUACCUGGAUCAUCUACUGCAGCCUUUAGUCAUACAGAAUCCUGCUUAUCUGAAAGACACCAUCCAUAUCUUACAAAUUUUAGAGGAGACACCUUGGAAUGAUGGUAAUUUUUUAGUCACAUGCAAUGUGACUUCGCUCUACAGCAUAAUACCUCAUGAAAAAGUACUGGAAGCAGUGCAAUAUUUUUUGAAGAAAUACAAUUUUAAAGAAGAACAAGUUUUAUUCAUUUUAGAAGGCAUACGCUUAAUUUUAACCAACAACUUUUUCUGGUUUAAUGAGGUCUUUUAUUUACAAGUUAGGGGGAUGGCGAUGGGCACCAAGUUCGCCCCUAGCUAUGCCAAUUUGUUCAUGGCAUAUUGGGAGGAACAAUUCAUAUAUCAAGGUCACCCAUGGGGGGCGAGCUUGAUGAACUAUUGCUGUUAUAUAGACGAUAUAUUUUUUUAUCUGGACAGGAACCGAUAUGGAUCUUAAUACUUUUAUUACAUACUUAAAUGCUAAUGAGUGGAACAUUGUUUUAACCGCACAGAUCAGUACGCAGCACAUUAUUUUUUUAGAUUUAGAUAUUCACAUAACGGGUACAAAGAUCACGACUAGAAACCAUUUUAAGGAAAUUGAUGCCAAUGGUUACAUCAGGAAAGAAAGCUGCCAUCACACUCCCUGGUUAACAAACGCACCCAGGGGACAGUUUUUAAGAAUUAGAAGGAAUUGUUCAAACGACCAAGAUUAUCUGAGACAAGCAAAUAGGAUUAAAACCCAAUUCCUACAGAAAGGCUACGAAGAAUCCUCACUACAAGCAGCUUUGGAUAAGGUUUUACAAAUACCGAGAAAAGACCUGUUGGUAUCCAAAAAUAAAAAGAAAGACCUUAAAAGGAGUAACAAUAAUAUCCCAUUUAUAUGUAAUUAUAAUGGUAACAACAGAAAAAUUCAUAAAAUUAUGAAUAAAUACUGGCACAUUUUACAAGAUGAUCCGGUUCUUAAAAAUAUCCUGCCAGAAAAACCUAAAAUAAUUUUUAGGGGAGCUAAAAAUUUGAGAAAUACCCUAGUACACAGUAGCAAUAAAGAAAUAACAUUGAAGAAAAAUUUCUUCACAAUGAACAAAGGCUUUUACGGAUGUGGGCAAUGCUUAACAUGCAAAAACACCAAGAGUAAAAAAAGACAUAUAACAGAUCGAGAACCCUUCAUAAAUCAAAAGUUCUUAAUAAAAGAUAAUUUAACUUGCUACUCUAAAGGAGUAAUCUAUGUUCUAAAAUGCCCGUGCAACCUCUUAUAUGUAGGUUGCACAAUUCGAAACCUCAACACUGGUGUGGAGUCACAUAGUGUCUCCAACCAUUUUAGAACUACACACCAAAAAAAACCCUGAAGGAAUGUUCUUUAGUGCUAUAAAACUCGUAAAAAAAGAUUGGAGAGGAGGAGACUACAUUAAAAAAAUAGGAAAUGAGACUCAUUUUUAAUUUCAAUAACAUGACACCAUACGGGUUAAAUAAUGAUUUUGAACUGUGUAAUUUUAUGAACUAACAUAGUUUUUUAAGGUUAAAAUCUGGGUCAUUUUAUAUUGCAUUAAGUGACUGGUAUUUCAUUAUGUGGUUCCAUUUUUAUUCUCUGUCUCUAUUUUAUAUAUUUUGCAUCUAUACCAUCUAGAAAAGGGACUUUUAGAAAUGGUAUAUAUACCCUUUAAAUAUUUUGAGUCCUUCCAUAUAGGUGUCAUAUUACUAUCUGAAUAUAUACUCAAAGAAAUCCACUUCUUAGGAAAUAAAUGCACAUCUUUUUUAUCUGGAUGUCAGAAUACUGCUAAUUUCCCUUGAAAGAUAAUAUACAAGGGAUUUUAUAGUGCCACAAAAGCUUACAAGCGUUAAUAUUCCCUUAAGGUGAAGAAUAUUGUUCAUAUAAACUCUCCCUUAACACAGAGAUACAUUGUAUACAACCGAUUUGCCAUGUAGCAAUAAAGUUUGAUGAUAUGCCUAUUCAAAUUAACACACACGGAAGACAAACUUGGAAGACGAGCACUGGAACGCACGUUGCGUUCCAACAGGACCCAACCCGGAAGUGACGGAUAGAACGAGCGAAACCAGCAAGUGGGCUAUUUAAAAAGCAGCAGCAACAGAUGGGACACACAACAGCAAACUGAGGAAGCCUUUUAUCAAGGCGAAACGCGUUUUGGACUUUGAACUACUAUUUUGGACUAUUUAGUCUAUCCAGAAAAAUCUGGCAUCAGCAUAUUGAUUUUUAAAUCUUGUUUUUAUCUUUGGAGAAAUAAAACUACUUUUAAAGGAUCCUUUGACACCUGGCAUUUUCUAUACCUGGGAGCCAGUUGAGGGAUAUAAGAAAAACCGCAAAGUACGCUGGGAAAGAAGGGUCUGGACAACCCCCAAAUGGUCCAGAGGAUUAUACCACUUGAGUCAUAUGAGGGUAUGACUCCAGGCUUGUGAGUUUAACCAUUUCUUUACUCCUUGUAAUAUAGUGUUUUAAAGACAUAUUGGACUAUUUUCUGUACCGAUUUUAUUUUGCAGAACAUCCGCUGUAUUUUAAAGCUCCACCUUUUUAUGUAUGUUUAAAAUGUACAUUGAUUGUCUUACAUUUUUUUAGUAGCUAAUUUCAAUUACCUACAUUAAUAAUUUUAAACAUUCUAAAAAUAAUGCUAUUUGCUCUCAUCUUAAAUGACUUUAGGCAAAUAGCAUAAUUCAUGAUUUCCAUUAAUGAAUACAAUUCUGCCCUUGUUUGCUGCAAGCUGUGCAGCUUCCAAUAGAAAAUUGAACUACAAUUCCCUUAAAUCAGUUCUUCCCAUGAGAGCUUUCAGUGAAUUCUCAGUCCAGUGGCAGCUGAAUUCAAAAGUUUUCAAAUGUUGCAAAAGUGUUUUAAUGAAUACGUAAAGCUGCAAACUAUAUUUAUAUUUUCAUUUUGUUCUACUUUGUUACUUUUUCUCAUUUUCUUGGUAGGGUUCUCUUUCCCGUUUUAAUUUAAAUAAAAGGAAUGUGUUCUGCAUAAUUUUUAAGGUCUGGAAUAAAGAAAGCGCCACUCGGCGUAGUGCACGCCAGACCGGAUGCAAUAUAAAUUAAACUACAAGAACAGAGAGAGUAGGGAAGGAGAAGAUGAUUUCACAGGAAGGCUGAGUUUGUUAGAUAAAGUCCUGGCUUGUAUGACACAGCUUAGUGGUGGCACGUUGCCUGGCCAUUUCCUGAACGUGCUAAAUGUGUACUCUGUAAAACAAUAGCCAGAGACUGAAUUAUCUGCUCUGCAGAUUGCACUACAAUUGUUUUGUCCUCUGUCUGCAGGUGCCAACAUAUUGAGAGACUCAGCUGGGAACGUAAAACUUGGUGACUUUGGGGCCAGCAAGCGAAUCCAAACCAUCUGCAUGUCUGGAACCGGCAUUAAAUCUGUGACGGGUACGCCGUACUGGAUGAGUCCGGAGGUGAUCAGUGGUGAAGGAUAUGGGAGGAAGGCAGAUGUGUGGUAAGGAUGCCAGACUAAACGAACAAGCCACCACUAGUAAUGCUCUUUCACACGGACACAUUAUUUAGCCCUCUGAUGACUGUCCUUGGCAACUCAGAUGCUUCCGAAUUUCCCAUGAGUCUCUGCCAGCUUUUUCAUUUUAAAUGUGGUUCAGUAACAUCUGGGGUGCAAAGGUUAUUCGUCUAUUGUCUAUCAAGUAAUAUGAAAAAAAAGUGUUAUUUUAAUUACAUAUAUAAUAACUAUACUAUUUUAAGUGAUUUUUAUCAGUUGUUUUAAAAUUCAUUUUUAGCCUUUCAUUUAUUCAUGCAAACAUCUAAUCCAUUUUAUUUUUCAUUAUUAUUAUUAUUAUUUUUUUUAAACCUAGGAGUGUGGCGUGCACGGUUGUCGAAAUGUUAACUGAGAAGCCACCGUGGGCGGAAUUUGAAGCCAUGGCAGCCAUCUUUAAAAUUGCCACACAGCCGACGAAACCCAAACUCCCUGACAACGUUUCAGACUUCUGUAGAGACUUCAUGAAACAAAUAUUUGUUGAGGAAAAGCGGAGACCCACGGCAGAUGAACUUUUAAAGCAUCAUUUCGUUAGCCAUAGUAUUUAAGUUUUUAUUUUCCUGUAAAAAAUAAAUAAAUGUAAAUCAUAUGAACUAUUUCAAAACCAACAGAAGAAAACACAUGCAUCGGUGCCUACCUGCUGACAAAACAAACACUUGAGGUCUGACAGUAAUAACAGUGUUCUCAAUUCCUGUUUUAAGUGAUCAUUGUGUGGGAGUCUGUUAGGGAACCACAUAUUUAAAUUUGCUAGAAGAAGGAGGUUUGGACCCCAUUAGCAGUUUUCACUUAGCGAUGCGAGAGUUGUAGUGGUUAAAGGUUACGAUAUUUUCCCCAAAGAAUAGUUGACAAAAGCACUGUGUUUUCACUGCUCGAUACAGACAGUGUUUAGCACUCCGUUUAUUCUGUCUAAUAACAUUCUACGCUGCUCGGGAUAUUCACCAAACCAGAGAGAGAUCAUUUUGGCAUCCAGAUAUCUGCGGAAGACAUUUCCAUGUAGGUGCCCAUCACUGCACAUAAACUCAGCUUUGGUGAGUUAACAACCAAAUUGCACAGUUUAGUAAAAAAAUAAAAAGUUGUGGACUUAAAAAUAUAAUAGAAAUUAGAUUUUUUCCAGCUCAAAUUUGGGGAGUUUGGGUUUCGAUAGUAAAUUCUGAUAAUCAGCUGUCCGUUUCUUUACGUAAACCUGAUUUUAAAAAAAAUACUUUGCAUGGUUUCUGGACACAUAUAGUUUAUCCAAAACAUAUUCCUAUUUUCCUUAGAAAAAUUUGUAUAUUUUUCUAUUACUUGUAAGUCCGCUGAUGUUUGAUGUUUGCGUUAAAUUAAAAAAAUGCCUGUUUUAUGACAUAGCCACUGAUGUUUCAGGACAUUCCCAGCACCAAACAACUAAGUCAGCUUUUGUUUCAGCAACAUAUCUUGGUUGCAACAGUCAGUUUUAAAGCAGGGGUAUUGCCCAAAAAUUUAAAAAAAUUUAAAUCUGUCACAAAUUACCAGGAUAUUGUCUGUUGAUUAUAAUAAGCACCUUGCAUCAAAACUUCACCAGUAUUAUGUUGGCAUUUUACCUGCAGGUAAUUGCCAUGAUCAGAGACAUAGUGGUUCAUUUAACAAAGUUUUAAGACCUCCCGCCAAGGGUCCUCUCUCCCAUGAGCCAUUUGCAGCUGUUUAAAAAAUAAAAAAUCAAGCAGAUGUUUAAUCAGAGUUUGCAUUUCACACUAAGCUAAAAAAAAAUAUACACAAUACUUAGAUUCUCACUUUCAUUCAAGGUGUUGGAGACCAAUAGUGGUAUUGUGUACUACCUGCUGGUAAUAGUUCAUUUAAAAUACACAUUUGUUAUUCUGAUAUACAGUAAGUUGUCACAAAAAGGUAACAACCUGGCUUCUUUCUGGGGGUUGCCUCUGCAUCAAUCUAGUUUCUGUCUACUUUUUGAAGACUCAUGGUUUUUGUUUUCGUAAACAAGAAAUUAUGGAGAAUGACAAAUUUUAGGUUAAAACGUCUGAAUACGAAAAAUCUGCAUUUGGAUAUCUUGGCGUACAAAUCGCAGUCCCCUUUUCAAUUCUCGGUGCGAGUGAGUAAACCCCAAUAAUUGUGGGCACAGACUGAACAAAUGAUUGUCGUUUAUUUAGCCAUAUCUUUGUACCAGCUACCUUUAUCUGUUUUACCUUAAAAAAAAGGUUUUGUAAACACACAAUGGCAAUGAAUUAUAUAUUUAUAUCUGUGUAUGUCUUUUAUAAAAAAAAAAAAAACCUAAAACCUUGUCCAAUUUUCUGUAACUUUUGAUUUUAUUUGGGAUUAUAAACCAAACAAACACCUUUCAAGAGCUCUUGUGCUGGUUAUACGGUGUUUAAUUUCCUUGUUGGGAGUGAGAUUUAAAGUAAAAUUUUAGCCUUUGGGAAUGUAAAGCAUUGAUAAUAUUAAUAUCGAGGUUUAUUUACCGAAUUAGGAAAUUUAAGGUAAAAAUAGCCAAAUUGAAAGUCAGCUAUGCUUCCAUUUAAGCUACUUUGGCCUUAAGUUUGACAUGUACUUACUUUAGUGGAUAUUCCUGUAAAAUUAGCAAUUCCGUCUCAAUUCCUGGCUCGGUGAUUGAAUCCAAUUGUCACUCAGGUGAAUACGAUGAUACAUUAGCAAAGAUGCCUUGUUACCUCACUCAGAACAAACUACCAGACUUACAACAUUUUAUUUGGGUGUAAACUGUGCGUAUUGAGGCACUGCAUACUUCCUCACUGGGGAGCUGGUGUGUAGGACUGCCACUCCCAUCAUCCUGAGCUAGUGAGCACAUACUUUGCUGUAUGAUGAUGUUGAUGUCAAACCUCUGCUUGGCUUGACCACUCCUGACAAUUAUAAUAAUAUGAAUACAAUGAAGGACAGAACCUGAGGACUUAUACACAUCUUGAUAACAUAAUGUACAGGAGCUAUAUGUAGGAAAUGAAUUAAGGAAUAUUCUAAAGGGAAUCUUCCAGGGGGUUCAAUGAACUCACAUCUGUUUUAUUGUCAAUAUGAGCGAGACCCAUUUGUUUAUUCAGUGUGUACAUGAAAUAUAUGGAAUUAACAGUGAUCCAAGAUUCAAAGUAUCCGUGGCUAAUGUGUGCUUUAGGCAUUAUGAUACAAAUGUAGGUUUAUUAGUAAAAAAAAAAGAACACAAGUCUUUUAAAAAUUUAUAUUGUAUAUUUUGUUUCUACUGAACGCGUCUUCCGACAGGAUGAGGAGAUUAAGUAAAAUCAUUUUCUAAUUACUAUUUCUAAACUAAAAGUAGAUUUUCACUAGACUGGCAAUUGUGGAGAAAUGAUGGUGGAAUUGAACAAGUUAGAUCAAAAUAGUCCAGAUGAGAAAAUAGCUGAUUUUGAAAAAUUAUUUGAUGUUUUGACUUAAAGGACCACUCUAGGCACCCAGACCACUUCAGCUUAAUGAAGUGGUCUGGGUGCCAGGUCCCUCUAGGAUUAACCCCCUUUUUUUUAUAAACAUAGCAGUUUCAGAGAAACUGCUAUGUUUAUAAAUAGGUUAAUCCAGCCUCUAAAGCCUCUAGUGGCUGUCUCAUUGACAGCCGCUAGAGGCGUUUGCGUGCUCCUCACUGUGAAAAUCACAGUGAGAAGACGCAAGUGUCCAUAGGAAAGCAUUGCAAAUGCUUUCCUAUGAGACAGGCUGAAUGCGCGCGCAGCUCUUGCCGCGCAUGCGCAUUCAGCCGAAGAGGAGGAUCAGAGAGGAGGAGGUAAAAAGGUAAGAUUUAACCCUUUCCUCGCCAUCCAGCCCGGCGGGAGUGGGACCCUGAGUAUGUUUUCCUGGCACUAUAGUGGUCCUUUAAACAUUUACAAAUUCCUUAGCAGCAACUCCACAAUUCACAGUUUAGUGAGUACAUCCCAGUCCAGGUCUAUUAUUAUUUUAGAAUUUAUAUAGCGCCAUCAAAUUCCGUAGACAAUAGGUCUAUUGAAUUUAAGCUUUUUUUUUUUUUCAGCCUGGCCAUUAUAGCCUCAGUUAUGAUUUAUUGAAUAAACUUCUUCAGUUUUCCAAUUCGUUCCGUGGUCUGAAGUCUGUACAAGGCUGAGCGAAUAGGCGGCACAAAGAAAAUAAACGCAUUAAAAGGAACUCUUUAUGCUAGAGUUCGUAGCCUACUCACGAAAUAAGACAAAUGCAAUAAAAGAAAGUGGUUUUAUUUAAAAAAAUAUAAAAAAAAACAACAACAAAAAACAUUCCUUUAAAACCGUGUUUCCCGAAAGUUAUUCACCUAGUGGUCCAGGAUUUAGGGGGUUCCCAAUUCUCUUCCACUGGUGAUAUCGAUUUAACUUUUAGUUCUGGGAUCCUCAAACCAAACUUUCUGCUCACUUUGCCUGAUGCUAAAAUGUCCAAAGUGGCUUCUCUAUCCGUGGGGGAUUUUUUACUAAACCGGCACUUGCGAAGAAUUGAUAAGAUAAUUGCUCAUUUAACGUCAAAUUACCCACAGUGGAAAUUGGAGAAUUGCUCCAAUAUGGCUAUUUUGACCGGCAAUUUGCAAUUUCGUAGUCAAGUCUCCAAAAAGCCAUGGUUUAUUAAAUCACCCCAUUUGUUUGUGAUGUGCCUUCGAUAACCUUCUCUGUAGAGAAAUUUUAAUAUAUUCCAGCUCUUUCUCAGCGUAAACUGUAGAGAAUCUGUGUGUCUUUUUUAAAUUAGUGCUCAGAAUUUAGCACACUGUGAGAAUUUACUGAUUGGCCGUGGCUGGUAUUGAAAAACUUUUUUUAGUUUCCUUCAGUAGCAACGGAUGAAAAUACAUUUUAUUGUACCUUUUAGGAAAGCAAGAGUUAUAGCAUUUGGUUAUUUUUAUUUAUGCUCAAUAAAGGUUAUCUAGCUUUUGCCAUUCUUGGUGUGACUGGCUACAUAUCCAAUAACGUUCUUCCAAUCACAUGUAGCCAACCACGUCUAGAGUUGGGAAGGCGGCUAAUUAUUGUGUUAAAUGAUUCCACGCACCAGCAGACAGGACCAAUGAUGUAUUUUCUGAGUAGUACCUGACCAAAGCGUCAAUAUUAUGUUGUAAAUCCAGGUAUGAGAUUACAAUUUCAUGCUUUUAAAGUGUCAUCUAUUUUUAUGUAUUUUUGUAUUGCAUUGUAAUCUUAAAUAUGUUUUUUUGUUUUAUAAAAUAAAUAUGUAAAUUUAAGAAUAAAUGAUUUUGCAUUAGAA